ACUUUUGCUCAAAAAUGGUUAAUGAUCGUAUUUGCCAUCUGCACUUCUUUAGUUUUGGUUGCUGGCCAAAAUUUCUUAUUCGGCCCUUUGCCCAACAGACAAAUCAAUUUCAAUACCUUGGAUUUCCCACAACCCACACAAGUGAGAGAUCCUAGACAAAAUAGAGGACCCGUUGUCUUCCCCCCAUCUCCACCAGACGCAAUUGAUGAAUCCAGUGGUGUGAUUGUAGGAGCCUCUGGCUAUGGUUUUGUGCCACCCCAACAAAGAACAUCAUAUUUUACAUCGGCUUAUCGAUCGAAUGGACCCACAUCAUAUGCUGAAUUUAACUAUUAUAAUUUUCCGUAUUUACAACGAUUUACGUUUUAGUUUUAAAUUAAAACCAACAAUAAGAACCACAAAAACAACAAACAACAGCAGUAGCAACAACAACAACAACCAUAAAGCAAAACAAUCGAUCAAUUGAUCGGUAUGAAAUUCUCAUAAAAG